UACCUCCAAGAUGGUAGGAAAGUUGUUGUUUUGGAGGGCAGAGGAGCCGAUCUCUGAUGUUAUGUCCUCUCGGUGCCUGUAGUGGUGCUAUAGGAGGCUGCUGGCUCUCUUCUUGAGCAGCCCCAGCAGCCCUGCCUUCUUUGCUGGAGAAUAUAUUCAGGGAUUCCCCUUAAUAAUCACCUACCCUCUGAGCACUUUGUAGUUUUAAAAUAAUAAAGAGCCCCCAAAGCUUCCUCCCCACAAAAAGCAGGAUCUUCUCAGAGACAGGGGGGCAGCAGCUCCUCAGCACAGAGCCCGAGCACAUUCCCAGUCCCUCUGCUGGGGAGGAAACUCUGAUCUGUCAGCCCAACAGAGGGAAAGGGGGGAGAGGAGAGAGAGGAGGGAAAAAAAAGCAGCUGGAAAGGGAAAAGAACGUCUGGUAGUUGUGAAGUGAGUGCACUGGAAGACCCACCAACGCGCUUCACCCCGCACAGACAAUCUGCUUCAUCUUGGUUCAUCAUCAUUCCAGGAUAGUGGUGUCCUUGGGGCUCUCUCUUGACAUUGACAUGGUACAGAAAAUUUAAAAUCAGCUGAUGUUCACAAGGAAUAGAGUCACGUGAUGUAUGAAGGCAAACACAUACACUUCUCUGAGGUUGACAAUAAGCCCUUGUGCUCAUAUAGCCCCAAACUGUGCAAGCAGAGGCGACUUAACGGCUACGCCUUCUGUAUCAGACACGUUCUGGAGGACAAGACUGCCCCCUUCAAGCAAUGUGAAUAUGUGGCCAAGUACAACAGCCAACGCUGCACCAACCCCAUCCCCAAGUCUGAGGACCGUAGGUACUGCAACAGCCACCUGCAGGUACUUGGCUUUAUACCGAAAAAGGAGAGGAAGAAAAAGAAUGAUCCCAUAGAGGAGGUAAAGGUCAGGCAUCAGAUGGAUGCCAUGGCCUUCAGUCUGACAGUGCCCACCCUGGCCUUGAAGAUGCCCAAUGGGCUGGAUGGGAUGUCCCUCUCCCCUCCAGGGGCCAGGCUUCCUCUCCACUACCUGGAGGCAGAAUUAGAAGACCCCUUUGCUUUCAAUGAGGAGGAUGAUGACCUAAAGAAAGGGGCAACAGUGAAGAAAAAGUUGCAGAGCAAGUUGGCUCAAAACCGGCAGCGCCAGAGAGAGACAGAGAUUUUAAAAGUUCGCCAAGAGCACUUUAGCCCCAUUCCUGCACCUUUGCAGCAGCAGCCUCUGCAGCAGCAGCACUCCCAUCUGCCACCUUCAUCAGCUUCGUUAAAGCCGACAGGGCUACCGCAGGGCAUAGUCUGCAAGUCACCUCAACCUCUGAACACCAGCCUACCAAUGCAGGGAGUGGCACCCACCACACACACUAUAGCACAAGCGCGGCAGUUGUCUAACAAGAGACCUCUGCCUCUCCUGCCACCCGCCAGGGCUCCUGUCACGGACCCACCAAGGACUGACCGGGUCCUCAUGAAAGCCACAGCCUUCUCUCCGCACUCGUCCUGCAUGAGCCGGCUCCAGAGACUGGUGAAACUGUGCACUCGAAAACAGCAGCUGGACACUGAUCUGUUUCCUCACUUAGGGCUGGAUUGGUCUGAAGACAGUGGAGAAGAGUUGGAGGAUUCAGAGCAAACCUCCCCUUACCAGGUUGCAUGGUCUAUCCGAGAAAGCCUCGGCUAUGAGAGACCUGAGUCCGACGAUGACAAUGCAGAUGACAGGAGUUCCAGGGUGACCAGACUUUGCACUUACUUUCAGCAGAAAUACAAGCACCUCUGCCGCCUGGAGCGGGCAGAAUCUCGCCAGAAGAAAUGCCGGCACACGCUCCGGAAAGCCUUGCUGCAGGCGGCCAGCAGAGAGCCGGAGCGCGCGGGGCAGCUCUUGCAGGAACUCCGGAGAGCUACAUGUGCUUGUACCAGCACAAGCCAAGCAAGGCAGAGGGAUGCAGAACCAACAACCUGCAGUGGGACUUCGAAGGGAGAGCAGUGCACUAACAAGGCCCUUCCAUUCACCAGGCACUGUUUUCAGCAUAUCUUAUUGAACCGUUCUCAGCAGCUCUUCUCGAGUUGCACAGCCAAGUUUGCAGAUGGUCAACAGUGCUCUGUGCCAGUUUUUGACAUUACACAUCAGACACCUCUGUGCGAAGAACAUGCCAAAAAAAUGGAUAAUUUCUUGAGAGGGGACAGCUCCCGUAAAGUUCAGCACCAGCAGCAGAGGAAACCCAGGAAAAAAACAAAGCCACCUGCACUUACCAAAAAACACAAGAAGAAGAGAAGGCGAGGCCCACGCCGGCCCCAGAAACCCAUUCCUCCUGCAGUGCCCCAAGGGAACCUCACCAUGCCUGCCAGUGUCUCACUGCCAGUAGAGAUACCCCACAUACGGAGCCCAUCCACACCAGAGCUCAGUGCCGAUGAGCUGCCUGAUGAUAUCGCCAAUGAAAUCACAGACAUUCCACAUGACUUGGAAUUGAAUCAGGAGGACUUCUCUGAUGUCCUGCCACGGCUGCCCGAUGACUUGCAAGAUUUUGAUUUCUUUGAAGGUAAAAAUGGAGAUCUUCUUCCAACCACAGAAGAGGCUGAAGAACUGGAACGGGCCCUACAGGCUGUAACUUCUCUUGAGUGCCUGAGUACCAUUGGAGUACUUACACAGACAGAUGGUGUGCCAGUUCAGGAGCUGUCAGAUAGAGCGAUAGGGGUGUUCUCUACAGGUGCUGGAGCUCCAGGAAUGCAGUCCUUGAGUCGAGAGGUUAACACGGAUCUGGGGGAGCUGUUGAAUGGGCGUAUAGUACAUGAUAAUUUCUCCGGUCUGGAGCUGGAUGAGAACUUGCUCCGUUCUGCUACCUUGUCCAACCCACCUACGCCCCUGGCAGGGCAGAUCCAGGGGCAGUUCUCAGCCCCAGCCAACGUUGGCCUUACUUCUGCCACUCUGAUAAGCCAGAGUGGCCUUGGGGAGAGAGCCUUCCCGGGACAGUUUCAUGGACUUCAUGAUGGCAGCCAUGCCUCCCAGAGGCCCCACCCUGCCCAGCUGCUGAGCAAGGCAGAUGACCUGAUCACCUCACGACAGCAAUACAGCAGUGACCAUUCACACUCCUCACCCCAUGGAAGCCAUUAUGAUAGUGAGCAUGUGCCGUCUCCCUACAGUGACCAUAUCACAUCCCCUCACACCACACCCUUUUCUGGUGAUAACUUGGCAGCUACCUUCUCAGCAGAGAUGCCCAUGAUGGCACAGCACUUGCUACCAACUCAGCUGGAUGUGCCACUUAGCGGGGUGGUCAACCCCAGAACUCACUGGGGAAAUCUUCCUGUCAAUCUUGGGGACCCCUCUCCGUUUAGCAACCUUCUUGGUGCAGAUGGACACCUCCUGUCCACCUCCCUGUCCACACCACCUACCACCUCGCACUCAGAGACCACACAGCCUGCCUUCGCCACUGUGACCCCCAACAGCUCCAGUGUGCUUCCGGGGUUACCGCAGACCAGUUUCAGUGGCAUGGGUCCUGCCUCUGCUGAACUCAUGGGCUCCACCUCCCCUAAACAACAGCUCCCUCAGUUCAGCGCAGCCUUUGGGCACCAGCUGAGCUCCCACAGUGGCAUUCCCAAGGACCUGCAGCCCAGCCACAGCUCCAUAGCUCCUCCCACGGGCUUCGCAGUGACCGGUGCCACCGCUACCAGUACCAAUAACGCAUCCGCGCCCUUCACCACCUCCAACUGAGCUUGUCUGCCUGGCUCCCUGCAGGUAGCAUCUGGCAUGGAAAACUUGGCUUCACACAUUGAUUUGAGAGUGGUGCACUGAAGUCCUAAAUCAAGAUCAUGAUUCAAGGAUGAGUUUCUUGAAAUAGUCUCUUGACCUCCUCUGUGUGUGUGUGUGUGUGAGUGUGUUUGGGGUGCAGGGAGCAGCGAUUCCUUUUCCUCUUUUAGUGAAGAAGUAGGAGUUGACCCCUUCCAGAACUGGUCACUGUUCUUACUGCAUGAUGAUUUUUGGGUUUGUUUAUUAUCAUUAUUUGUAAUUCAUUGAGUAGCAAAGGGAUCAGUUGACUGGUUGCUCAUAAAUUUGAAGGCUGAUAUUGAAGUUAGCCCAGGAAAAAAAAAAAAAAAAGAAGAAAGAUAAACAGAAGGAUUGAAAUAUAGAUCAUGGAUUAGAGAAGAUUCCUGUGAGAAGUUCCCUUUCUUGCUGAAUUACUGUGGCCUUGUAGCAUUGAUGAUUUGCCUUUUCAAGUGUGUCUGUCCAGAACUCUUUGUCUGACAGGCUGACAGGAAUUUCCCAGCUGAAAUAGGAAGAAUUAGGUUGGUUUUCUGCCCAUCCACACAAGUCUAGGUCACACCCGUUUUAACUUUCAAAUGGAUGCAUUUCUCACAGUAUGUCUAACUAGUGAGACUUUCUUGGACAGUUUUUAAUCCCCUGAGAGCCAUAUAGUUUUUCCAACACUUGUAGGGUUUGAUGCUCUGUUUGGGAGGCUGAAUGUAUGUAAGGAACUAGCAGGUACCUGUCAGCAGUCAUGGCUAACCAAAAGAGAAAUCAUUAAAGCAAAAUAGGUAACAAUUCCUUCUGUCUGCAGGAUGGUUUUGUUUGUACUGAUCGCCUGCUAAUGACAGUAUUCACUCUUUGGUAGUAAUUGCAGUUCCUAAAGAAAGGAGUCAGCUAGGUUUUAGGUUUUUAAAAUAAUUACUAUUUUUUAAUUUUGUUUUUUAAACCAAGAGGUAAUAGCAGCAGAAAUUCUGAGCUGUUUACUUGCAUCUCCUUAUCAAGAAGGAAUUUGCUUGUUACUCUAUAGGGCAGUACUAAUACUGUACUCUGACAGUAAAAGUAGUUCCUGUUUAAUACAAGUCUCUACUCUUUGUUGUUUCAGAGAUGCAGAUGAGAGAAAAUAGUAAAUUCUACAUUUCAAUCUCGUAAUCUAAAUGAUGGAUUUUCUUCUACCUUACAGUAAAAAGUCCUACCUGUGUGUAUUCUAGUCUAUUUCAGGAAAUUAAGAGAACCAAGUGCAUGUAAUAGGGAGGCCUAAUAAACUUUCAGAGCAAAGGAUCAUUGAAUGAAGUUUACUUGCUAUAGAAAUUCAUUUCAUUAGCAGCAGUCAGGCACAUACCAAAAUAUCUGACCCAAACCUCUCCUUCCAUCUUCCUAAGGAACAGAGUUUAAAUGGAAUAGGUCUUGUGUCUUCUUACUGUUGUAGCAAUCAUCACUCUUUUCUUGAAUAAUCUGUCCUCUUUAAAUACAAAAGAGUAUGGAUGAUGCAUAUGUCCUUUUCUGAAAUUACAAGUGUAUGUGGGUGGAAGAAACAAAAAUUAUUUUCAUGCUUCUGUUGUUAUGAAGUCAUUAUUACAUACUUGGUAAAAUAGAUCUUAGUAAUAUAAGCCGAAUAUUUCAAGUGGUGAUCUAAAUAUGUUUGUAACACUUAAAUGUUUUAAAAUCACAUAAAAAGUUUAAUUGAAGCCUAUGAAAGCCUGCUUGUGAUUGUCCUGCUGAUUGAGGAAUGCCCAGUGAUAUUGUGAAUGAGGCAAAUCUGACAAGGCUUUUAUUUAUUUUUGUAUUAUGUUUCCCAUACUUUGUUGGGGAGACAACUGUUUGAUUUGCAGGUUAUUUUUGUUGUGCUCGUAUACCUUUUUCAAUGUGCUGGGAUGUCUGACUGAAAAAGAGUGGAGAACUAGUAUACCAAAUGGUUAAUUCUUUAAUUUGCUUGUGUAUUCAUGUAAUUUUAGAGGGUGUUAAUUUCUAUGUAUUGGUUUCAGGACCUUGGUCUUGAAAUGGUUCUUGUGCCCAUCAAACUUCUAAUGAAGCUGCAGCUAGUGCAGAGUAUAUUUGCCCCACAUCAUAUUUCUCUUUUUUAGCACAUGCUGGGGGGGAAGAGAGGAUGGGAACUGAGAGCCAAGUUCUGCUUGGUUGUGUUGGUAUAAAUUACAGAGGAGCCUUCUGAUCUAAGGUCGCGGUGAGUUUGUACUGGUCUAACUCAGAACAGAACACAGCUCCUAAUCUGCGCAUUGAGUUAGACAGGGAAUUUCAAAAGCUGUCAGAGCUAUGCAGGUCCAUGAUUACCAUUUGAAAUCAAUGGCCUUUAUGGACAUGCGUUUCUUUAAAGUAGCUUAGGACAUCAAGUCUCUUCCCCCACUUAGAUUUCAAUUUUGUAUACCGCUUGACAACUCUUCCCUGAAAACUGACUGCGUAACAUUUUUCCAUGAGCAAACUCAGUUUGCAAUAAAGCUGCACUUUCAAAAAUAAACUUCAGUUUGUAUACAAUUGAAAUAGGAAUCCCUCUGUCCUGUCUGCCACAGUGUUCUGAAAUGGGCCACCACUCUUGCCUUUUCCUGGUUCACCUCUCAUUUUUUCACUACCACCAAUUUCAUGGUUACAUGGCUACAUGCAGUUACGGGUCUUGAUCUUAGCUUUACAAGGUGGAUCAUUCCAGGUGGGUUUACCUGUUGACUUCAGUGCAUCAGUGUCUUGCUGUUGGAUGUGAGAGAUCUAACUGAGAGGUAGGUGUAGUCAGAGAUACUUCACACCUCUUCCUCUGGGAAAUCCUGCUGGCCUGGUUAAGGUGGUCCUCAAAGCUGUUAUUUAUGUGGUUCUCAAGUAGAAUCCAUGCUCCCUCACAAAUGUUUUUGAGUAUCAGCUCUUAUAGCAAUUAGCAUUCUUGUCACCCCUUCACCAAAGAGCCAGUGUAGCAAUUUCAGAUGCUCAAUACCUGUUGUGCCCUUUAUAUGUUGACAAAUGGAAUAAGGCUAGUUGAACCUAAAAGCUAAUUUCUUCACAUAAGAUUGGAGUUUCUGAAGAAUGAAAAAAGUUAGACAUAGAAUAGGAUAUAAUUUACAUAAUUUUGGCAAUAAUAGCACCUCAGUUAGUCUCUGUACAAAAAUACUUAACACAAGAUGAAUUUUGACAAUGUACAGAGGCUUAUCAGGAAUAGCUUCGUGCUCUCCUGGUACAUAAGGCAUUCUUUAAGACAUGCUUUGAUGUUUCCUUUCACCUAGGAAGACCUUACAGCAACUUUGAGGGGACCCAUACGUACUUAGAUACCUCAAAGUUGAUUUGUUCUUUGGCUUCAUCAUUAUGAUGCAUGAACUUUGUCUCCUCCUGCCUUCUAGUUCCUCCAGGUUCUUGCUUAGAUCCCUUCUCGUUAGUAGCAUGCUUCUCUCUAUGGCUGAGCAUAAAGCCUCUAAAUUGAUAAUGCUGAGAGGUAGCACAGUUGCAGGUCUGCCUCAGGCACUGUGGAGAAAAUGGCAAUAUCUAGAUUUCCAGCUGAAAAUGGGGAUUUGCAGUUCUCAUUUGGAAAGCACUGAAAGCCCUGAGAAGCUUAUUGCCUGCUAGGCAAAAAUCAGAGAAAAGAAAUUGUCAAAGAGGAAUUGUACCUAAUAACAAAGAGAAGCCAAGGGUUUUUAUUUUAUUUUAUUUUUUUAUAAAAGGAAGAUAAGUAUUGAAAAAAUAGGACAUUCUGUUGUGAGAUGCCACUGGCUUUAGGGACAUGGCUAAGGCAAAAGACCUAGGACUGAACCUGAAAACCAGUAGCCAGAUUCAGUUUGAUGCUUUGUCUUGCUGUAACCACAUCUAAAUACAGUCUGGGAUUGAAUCUGCUUGCCAAGAGAGUCCUGCAAAGGUGUACAAUAAACAGUGGGGAGUUUUCUUCCCUGAGAAGCUGGCCCUGGUGGCUACCUAUGCUGCUUCUGAGCUCCAGCUUCCCCCUGAGCUCCUGCAGCCUCCUUGCUGCUGUGCAUCCCUGUAGGCAUUGUCAGGCCUCCAAGGGUAUUUCUCCCUGUCAUUGUGCUGCAGUGGGCUUAAUCCACUCAUGAAUUCUCCAACAGUAUGAGCCUUUGGGCAGAGAGGAGGGAAAAAUUUUGAGAAGAGCCAGCUACAUGCAGUUAACCUUUCAAGAUUUGUAGGGCACAAGAUGGUGGCAGGAACUGCUUUCAGCCAAUUAACAAUAGAAAAGAUACCUGCAGUAAUCUUUGGCAGUAAGACAUGUGUGUGGCUGUCCAAGCAGCUUCCCUGGUGGAACUGGGGUAUUUUUUCUUUUGUAUUUUUACAUGUGAAGGAGUCUCCUGUGCAGACCUCUUGCAGGGUCCAGUGGUGGCAGAAAUAGUGACUGAAGGAAUAGUUUGGGGCUAGUGUGCUGGCCGGAUCUUUAGGUCUUUCUCACCUUCUGAUCACAAAGUCUUUUGGGUAACAUUUAAUGAUGGGGAUUUGUGGGCUACUUAUUGUACUUCCUUUAUUUCCUUCCACUCUACAUUCUUCAUAAUUCUUGCUUCUAUUUUUUUCCAUUCUCAGACCCUCUUCCAAUGUAAGUUAUGCAAGCUGGUGAGUCUUCUGUGGUUCUGAGUGAAUCUGACUGUAAAAUGAAAAGGAGGAGAGAUUUCUGCAAUUCAUAAUGUAUAUUUGGAUGCUAGAAUGACAGUGCAAUAGAUCAAAUUGUUUCUCAGAUCAGUGAGUAGGGAGAUGUUUCACAGCAUGCUAAUAUGUCAUGAACUAGAUGCUGAGGGUACAACAUUGAUCAUGGAAGUGCACAUGCUAGCAGUGAAUAUACAGGCAUUUUUGGCAAGAAUUUACCUUCUCAGAAGUUCCUCUUCUUUUGAGAUGUGUAUCAGUAGAAAGUCAUAAAUUAAAAUUUAAAUUACCCUUUCUUAACACGCUCAAGCCCAAAUAAAAGUAAGAAGGGCUGGUGACAAAAAAUCUGUAUUUGUGUUCACUAAACUUAAACUUGGACUUCAGGAGAGGUCUGGACAUAAGAGACCUUAGUUCUUAUCAGUAAAAGUUUCAGUCUUGUCUUUAAAACACUAUUGUUAGGAAAGAAAAGUUUGGGGGAGGAGAAGGAGUUAGAAAAGAUGCAUCUUUAAACAAUUUUCUUACUUGUGUCUUCAGCCUCUUUUUUUAAAAAAACCCCAAACAGUAGUGACUAUUUUCCCUUUGCUAUCUGGUACUUCUUAUGGUUGUUGACUUCUUUGCUUUCCCGUUUUACUCUGCUCCUUCUCUAGCUACUGUGGAAUGAGGUAAUGUAGUGGAAGCAUGAAAGGACAAAGUGAGCAUGGCUGUAAGUUGACAGCAGUAGUUGGAGAAGGCUUUCUUUAGCUGUCUCCUUGAAGUAAGUGUUGGCACCUUUUCAGUCUACUCUAGGUCAUAGAAUUUGGUCUGGAAGUGAAUAGGGUGAAACUUAGGCUUUUGACCAUAAAACUGUACUUACUUGCUGUAGAAAAAUGCAUUCUUCCCACUCUUCCUCUUGCUAGUCCCCCAAACACACACACAGUGAGAUGGCCAGAGUUACCUGCGUGUCGGCCACAUGGGCAUGUUGAACUUGGUCCAGUAAUGCUAAUGUUUAACCUGCUUUCUGUCGUUGUCAGCUGGUGCCCACGGAGAUGAACUCUGGAUAGGUAACGUUCCCAGAUAUCCUCUGGAAAACUUUAACUUUGGUGCAGAUUGCUCUGAUGUAGCUAACUGCGAUGCCAUUGGCUUCUACCUUGGAGUGGACUGAUUUACCCUGAAAUGACUCUCUAACCUGCGUCCUAAACAGUGUAGUUGGUUCUGGUGCAAAUAGAUUCAUUCUGAAGUGAUGGACAUUUUUAUUCUCAUGCAAAAUAGCUACAUCCUACCAGAAGGGGUUGAACCAGUUUCUCUGAACAGUGAUGACCUUCACUGUACAGUUUUGGGUAUGUCUCAGGGAUUCCUUGUGGAAAUAAGGGCAGUUAACAAAAAAACAAACACAAAAACAAACAAAAAAAAACAAACAAAAAAAAAAGAAAGGAAAAAAGAAAAAAAAUGAAAAAAGAAAAAAGUAAAUAGUUUUAAAAGUAAAUAAUAAUUUAAGGUAGAGCGUCACCUAAGUGAGAGCGCAAGAAGGAGAAAUCUUUGUUCAGUUUUAUAGUCAACAGUGUCUGGCUUACGGACUCUUUCUCUUCUCGGGGCUCUCAUCUCAAGUUCAACAUACAGAAUCUUUUUCAUCACGCUCAGCUUUAAACUUUUUAUUUAAAGAUACCCUUCCCCAAUGAGCUUUCAGAAUACUUAUUGUAGAUUUUAAGAGAAAUGGUAUAUUAAUUUAUGCUAUUAACAUCACCUCAUAAAUUAUAAGUUUUAUACUAAAGCUGUAUUGAGUGUAAUGAAUUAUGUUGCAUAUGUGUUUUUAAUAGCUAUAAAAUUAUAUACAAGCUUUUUUGGAAAAACAAACUAGUGAAGCACCUUUUUACACUGGAUCUUUGCCGUGUCAAGGUGUACAGCUAUUCUUUGCUACCUUGCAGAUAUCUAUAUCUAUAUAUAGAUAUAUAUAUAAAUAAAAUAAAAUGGUAUCCUGUAUCAACAAGUAUAGAACUCUUUUUAACCCUUAUAUUACUGUUCCUAUAACUCUUUUUAAAUUUUGAGUGUUACAUUCUGCAAUAAUUUAUCCGUGGUUUGUACCUAUGAUUAGAAAUUUAGUUACAGGGUAAAUAGAUCAAAUUUAAAAAUCCAACUACUGUAGCUGGGAGUUGUGAAUCAAGUUUGUAAGACCUUUUCUUUUUUUUAAUGUAUUUAUUUCCAGUUAGCUCUGUGAGUUGGAAUUUGAAAAGUUGGAACAUUAGGAAUCUACAGUGUCUUAUUCAGGAAUUUUCCCCUCCUUUCCUCACAAAGGAAUUCCCACUGUGACUUAUAAAUAGAAUUAGACUGCUUGUGUGCAUGUAUGUAUUAUAUAUACACACAAAAAAUAUGCAUUGGGGGGGAUGUAUGUGCGAUACGAAUGUGUAUAUUGUAUGUAGGUCAUAGUUCUGUAAAGAGAAAAGUAGUCAAGAGGUGAUGGAAUGUAUUGUAGAAAUGUGAUUAUUUAGUAGGGGGUUGUUAUGUCCUCACUGUUGUAUAAAUAACUGAAACUCUCUACUAUAUAAUCUUCUGUUAUAAGGCUAACUCUGAUAUCAUGUCAAUUUUACUGUUUUUCAAAUGAGUUCCUUUGAGCCCUGUUUAAAAUGCCAUGAAAAUACCAAGCUCCCAAAGACAGCCUUUAAAUAAAACAAAUGGGGGAGGAGGAGUGAUGGAAGAAAUUAGUUUUUCAGGACAAACUGAAUGGGAAGGUUUGCAUUCAGUGGGAUGGAGAGGCGUGAGAAUUGCUGUAUCUUUUCAAAUUAAUACCCAAAUCUCCUAUGGUCUGAUUUGGAAAAUGUUGUCAAUCAGUGUACUUGUGUUUUCCAAUCAGAUUGUAAGGGGUACUGUUUCUGCAGUGGUCUUUAUUCCAUAAAAGGAUCUUGUCUUCAAAGUAGAUUUUUUUCUCUUCUAAGGAUAUUUCUGUACAUCAAUUUUUCCCCAAAAUUGCUGUUGUGGGAUUGCAGAACAAAAUAUGCAUUCAGUCAAGGGAGUUUCAUUUAGGCUGUGAAAUUCUGAAUUUGAUUGUGACCACUUACCUUUUUUUCAUAAUUGGAGAAGAAAGAUUUCUUUAUGGGAGCUAUCACUUGAAAUUUUGAGAAGGCAGAAAUAUUCUUGCAGAUUGGCUUACUCUUCAUACUGUUCUAUUUAGUUUGGAGAAAAUAAUCUAAUCAUUAUUUAUUCAUACAGUAUCAUUUUAAGUAUGAUGAUCCUGGUGACUUUAAAAACCUUUUUAGAAAAACAGAGCUUCUAGUAUUGAACAGAAAUUUGAAAUUUUUUGCAAUUGUUUUUAAUAUUCUCCUCCAUAUCAUGAUGUUGAUACUCCCCCAGGCAUCCCUCCCCCUCUUCUUCUCCCCAAAAUUUUUUGCUGGCACAUAUGGAUACAGACAAAAGGGUAGGGAGGUGGAAGUUGUCAGAGGCCUUUUCUUCUGCUUAUUUGGUGGUAAUGGGAAUUAGGAGCAUAGAUCUUUAUGCCUUUUUGGAGGAGAAUAGACCCAUUUUUUGUGCACACCUGUACAGAGAGAUACAUCUGUAUGUGAGAUAAUGGUAGAAUUUUGCUGAAUGUGGAGUUGCCCUCAUGAUGUACAAUAAAUAUGUAUGAAUGCAAUAAAUCUAAAUCUAUAUAUACAUUCAUACAGAUUGAUAGAUGGAAUAUACCUUGUAUCACACUCCUAUACAUUAGCUAUAACAUUAGCUCUUUAGUGAGCUAAAGAGAGGGACUGUCCAUAUAACAUAUGUGUAACAGGUAAGCACUUGUGCCAGACAAGUUGUUUUAGAUUCUUCUGAGGGGUCUGGAUGACUCAGAGACUGAUCUGAGCUUGGCCACCAUUGUUUUGUGUUACUUCAGCCCUUGCAGUGGAGUUUCUUUGCUACGUCUCUGCUUUUGUUUUAUAUUUAGUCUCGUUGAGGCCUUUUGCAAAAUGCCAGCUUUUUCUGCUUCUCUGCUCCAUUGCAUCUUUUCCAGCUCCUCCUUGUCCCUGCAUCUCUGCAGUUUCUCUUGCUAGCAGCAAUCAGCUUUAAUGGCCCAAUCCAGCUCUGCUUAUGCAUGAAGGAAUUCUCUUGGUGACUAAAGUGGUAGCUGAAUUGGGCCCUGAGAACCUGCUUGAACUUAUGCAAACUUCCCCAGCUUCAAUUGUGAUUCAGUAGGACUGUGAUUGACUUGCAGAUGAAUACAAACUUUCCAUGGAACCUGAUGCAAAGCUUCCUAGCAUAUGGAAAGGUUAACCCAGCAUUAUAUUGAAGUGGUCAAAAUGAGAGAACUACACCUCCCAAAUACUACCUUCUAAUUUUCAACCUUAGGGAGGAAAAAGAAGUUUGAUCUGUGUUUCCCAUAACACAGGCACUAAGCAGAAGGAAGCCCUGUGCUCUGUUCUGAGCAAAGGGGUUGUCAUCAAACAUAUCAAAAGAAACACAGUUUAUUGCACUCCACCAUAAAACAUAUUUUCAAAUGGAGUUGACCAUUAACAUGCUAGCACUUUGCAUCUAAUUGUGUAUUGGGUGAUCUUGCUUAUGCAAGUAAAUUAUGGGCUUAAGUGUUUUAUUUUCUAUUUUCUGGCUAAAUGGAGCUUCUAUAUCCUUUUAGCAGAAAGCAGCUGUCAGCAACCUGCUCAGUCACAUUGAAGUGCUGUGUAACUUAGGCUUCAGUUUCAGAGGAGAAUGCUGCUCCAGUUCUGUCAUCGAGCCAUACUGGAUUCCAUGUUUUCAAUAUGGCUAUGGCACAAUUUUUCUUGGCCACAAUUCAGCCAUGGAAUUUUGUCUUCUUUGCAUUUCUGUUAGAAAAAGGUAACUGGUGUACUGUUCCAUCUGAGCUUUCAUGCAGUCAUACACAACUUCUCUGAUACAUAUGUUGGGGUGUGUGUAUGGGUAUGUCUGUGUACUGCGUGUGGAUAAUACAGAUUGAUACGCACACGCCUAUUAUGCUAUUUUGGUUUAUGUAUGUGGAGAACGUACCUGUUGGUUGUCUCCUGAUAUUUACUCAUGCAUACCUAUAUUAAAUAUGUACAUAGAGUGUAGAUGUCCUGCAUAUACAUAUGUAUAUGUUAUGAUACUUGGUUGGCAAUUUUUUUGACACUUUUUUUGCAAAUUGCUGUCCCUUAUUACUUAUUUUCACUGAAUAUAGAAGAAAUGGAAAAAUGUGUUAUCAAAGUUUUAUUUUAAAAAGGAGACUUUUAAUUAUCUAAAGCCAUUUGUAAUAGUCUUUUGAAUUUUUUACUAGAAGGGUUGUUAUUUUAAAAAGCAAAAGCAAAAAAAGAAACCAACAAAAAACCAAAAGCAAGCAGACAAGCCCUUAUUCCCACCAUCGUUUAGGUGAAAGAAAUGGAAACACAAGUUUCUAAGUGUUUAUUUCCUUCAGGUGUUUCUGAGGCAUACAGUAAUUGCAUUCUGCCCCAUCCCCCUUUUGUCCAAUUAUAAUUAAUGAUUCAUGAUUUUCUUUUUCCCUCAAUACUUUCAUAAAUUAUUGUUCACCUCCUACAUUCAAUAGUACUUAUAUCACUAAGGAGAUUUCAUGUCCUUCUGUCCUUUUUAGGAGAAAUGCCAGUGCAUCACUAUUGUGUUUCAUUUUAACAUACUUUGUGGAGGAUGGAUGUUUUAAUUGAAGAUGUCUGUAACCCGUCUAACUUAUUUAAUGUGAGAAGCCUUCAUUGGAAUCUAUCGUCUGUUUGUUUCCAACAAGUUCAAGUUUCUGCAACUGUUUUUUUCACCAACACGUUAAAUAAUUCCCUUCUUAUUUUAUGCCUGAGGUUUUAAAAUUUGGGUUUGUUUUUUGGGUUUUUUUUCCCUCCAAUUCCCAAAAAUGUUUAUCUACAAGUGGAGCAAAACAGAUGUCAGAAGCUCAAUCAAUAUCCUUUUUGCAGUUAAGGGUAAAUAUAUUUAUCCUAGACAUAAUAAAAGAAGGUGGCAAAUGGACAAUCUGAAGUGCUUAGAGGGAAUGCUCUCUCUUUUUAAGGCUGUCUCCGAGAAGUUUGUGUUUGGUGUCAUUUUAAAGGUAGCUUGAUCAUGCUUUGAUAUCAGAAACAGCCUUGUAACAAAGAGCCUCAUACAGAGUUGUUCGGUCACUAGAGUUUAAAAUGUAAACAAGUUGCAGUGGGAAAGCAAAGGUGAGGCAGUGUAUUUUGAACCAGUGAAUUGUAGCUUGCAAACGUACCUGAUUUUGAAGUAACUGCAUGGUAGCAAGGAUUAGCAGUCUCUUACACCCCUUCCUUCUUCCCUCUCAUCCCUGACACUUGUGUUCAGCAUACCAUACAUUGGGAAAAAUAAGCAACUUCCUCCCGCAACGCUAAUCCACUUAAUGACUGCUUAAAGGGAACAUACAAACGGGCACUGCCACGUCCCAUCUCAUGGUAUUAGCUGGAAGACUGGCUAAUACGCACAAACAGCCCAGCCCAGCUUGCUUCUGUGGAUGUGUCGCUUUGGGAGAGUGUGUGUGGUGCAUGGAGGUGCCCAAGAAGAAGGGUCCCUUCCUUCAGGGUCCCUGGCAGCAAUGGCAACUCGCACCACUACUUCUAGUGCUGGAGGCUCACGGACAGCAUUCCAGGGGCGGGGAGGAAAGCUUGUGUUUGUACUUUCCCUUUAAAUAGGAAAGGUUGGCUCACAUGUUCCUCAUACUUCUCAAUGAAUGUACUGUAUUACCAUUUAAAAAAAAAAAAAAAUCAAUUAAAUGAUAAUAGAUUGGUCUCCUUUUGUUAUCUGGUCCUUGUUUAAUUUGUUUAAGGGUUUUUGUAUACAAAAGUUUACAUUUUUAUGUAUAUUUUUCUUGUGUAAAAACUGAUGUAAUAUGUGUAUAAAACACUGUAUGUAUUAUCUGUAUAUAGUGUGACAAAAUGAUUUUCUUUCUUUCUUUUGGAUGUAUUAAUAAAUCUUGCUGUGAAGUA